CCACCAGUAAGUGAUGGACCUGGGAUUUGGGCUCCAGAAGUUUGGCUCCGAGCCCACGGAAUUAAGCAUUCACUGUGAUACAGUGCACAUUGGCUUUUCAAAAUGAAUGUCACUCACUAAUUUCCCCCUCUACAGUACUUAAAUGACUUCCAUAUUCUUCCUUCCUAUUAUGUUCCUAUGUGAGGAAGUGGUAAGAUCAUCAAUACUGGAGGCAGGCAGAUCUAGAUUUACAUCCCAGACAAGCUAGUUGCUACUUGUGUGACCUUGGGCAAAGUUCUUUAAUUCUUACCUCUAAGCCUCUACAUCUGUAAAAUUAGGGGUCUGGGGGCAUGUUGUGAAGCUGUUGUGAGGAUUAAUUACCACAUCAUGAUCCACCCAGCACAUGCUCGGUGCUCAACAGGUGACCUCUGCUUCUUUCUUCCAGAUCCCUCUAUCAUCAACCCCCUUGGCCCAGUUCCACCCCUAUCUGCUCCACCUUCUCCUAGAUCAGUCACCCCCACUACCCCCAAAACCUCCCCCCACCCUGGGGCGUGUCACUUCCUCCUCCACAGCCUCCCAGAUCAGUACACAAAGGCUGCCGCUGCCUCCGGAGGAAGGGCUGCUUUGCACGCACCUGCCAUGGUGGCUUUGUCAGUGGGGCUUCUUUUCCUGCUGGCCCUGAGCAGAAGUGAGAGUGAGUUGGACGCCAAGAUCUCAUCCCUAGGGGAGGUUGCAGAAUGGGUGAAUCCUGAUGUAUCCCUGCCCGGGUCCUGCCAGCCAGCCCCCUCCUGCCAGAAGUGCAUCCUCUCACACCCAAGCUGUGCAUGGUGCAAGCAACUGAACUUCACCGCGUCGGGGAAGGCGGAGGCGCAGCGCUGCGCCCGGCGAGAGGAGCUGCUGGCUCGGGGCUGCCCUCCAGGAGAGCUGGAGGAGCCCCGCGGCCGGCUGGAGGUGCUGCAGGACAAGCUCCUCAGCCAGGGCGCCCACGGCGAGGCAGCCACCCAGCUGGCACCGCAGCGUGUCCGGCUCACACUGCGGCCGGGGGAGCCCCAGCAGCUCCUGGUCCGGUUUCUCCGUGCCGAGGGAUACCCUGUGGACCUGUACUACCUUAUGGAUCUGAGCUACUCUAUGAAGGAUGACCUGGAGCACGUGCGCCAGCUCGGGCAGGCCCUGCUGGUGCGGCUGCAGGAGGUCACCCAUUUCGUGCGUAUCGGCUUUGGCUCCUUUGUGGACAAAACAGUGCUGCCCUUCGUGAGCACAGUGCCUGCCAAGCUUCGCCACCCCUGCCCCACCCGGCUGGAGCGCUGCCAGCCACCCUUCAGCUUUCACCAUGUACUGUCCCUGACCGAGGAUGCUAAGGCCUUCGAGCAGGAGGUGGGGCGCCAGAACGUGUCAGGCAACCUGGAUUCGCCUGAAGGUGGCUUUGAUGCCAUUCUGCAGGCUGCACUCUGUCAGGAGAAGAUUGGCUGGAGAAAUGUGUCCAGGUUGCUGGUGUUCACUUCAGAUGACACAUUCCACACAGCUGGGGAUGGGAAGUUGGGUGGCAUUUUCAUGCCCAGCGAUGGGCACUGCCACUUGGACGAAAAUGGCAUCUACAGUCGCAGCCCAGAGUUUGACUACCCCUCUGUGGGCCAGGUAGCUCAGGCCCUCUCUGCUGCAAACAUCCAGCCCAUCUUUGCUGUCACCAGGGCCACACUGCCUGUAUACCAGGAGCUGAGUAAGCUGAUUCCUAAGUCCGUAGUGGGGGAGCUGAGUGAGAACUCCAGCAAUGUGGUUCAGCUCAUCAUGGAUGCAUAUGAUAACCUGUCAUCCACUGUCACUCUGGAACACUCUCCACUCCCUCCUGGGAUCCACAUCUCCUACGAAUCUCAGUGUGGGGAUCCUGGGAAGAGGGAGGGUGAGGCUGCGGAUCGGGGCCAGUGCAACCAUGUCCGAAUCAACCAGAUGGUGAAUUUUUCAGUUACUCUUCAAGCUACCAAGUGCCUCUCAGAGCCCCACCUUCUGAAGUUCCGAGCCCUUGGCUUCUCAGAGGAGCUGACUGUGGAGCUGCACAUGCUGUGUGACUGUAACUGCAGUGACACCCAGCCCUGGGCUCCCCACUGCAGUGACGGCCAGGGGCACCUACAAUGCGGGGUGUGCAGCUGUGCCCCUGGCCGCCUGGGUCGACUCUGUGAGUGCUCUGAGGCUGAGCUGUCCUCUCCGGAUCUGGAAUCGGGCUGCCGGGGCCCCAAUGGGACAGGGCCCCUGUGCAGCGGGAAGGGAUGGUGCCAGUGUGGACGCUGCAGCUGCAGUGGACAGAGCUCUGGGCGUCUGUGCGAGUGUGAUGAUGCCAGCUGUGAGCGACACAAGGGCAUCCUCUGUGGAGGUUUUGGCCGUUGCCAGUGUGGAGUGUGUCACUGUCAUGCCAACCGCACGGGCAGAGCAUGUGAGUGCAGUGAGGACACGGACAGCUGUGUCAGCCCCGAAGGAGGGCUCUGCAGUGGGCAUGGAAACUGCAGGUGCAACCGCUGCCGGUGCUUUGAUGGCUACUACGGUGUGCUAUGCGAUCAGUGCCCAGACUGCAAGACAUCAUGUGAGGCGCACAGGGACUGUGCCGAGUGUGGGGCCUUUGGGACCGGUCCCCUGGCCACCAACUGCAGCAUGGCUUGUGCCUACGCCAAUGUGACCCUCACUUUGGCCCCUAUCCUGGAUGAUGGCUGGUGCAAAGCGAGAACCCUGGACAACCAGCUGUUCUUCUUCCUGGUGGAGGAUGAAGCUGGAGGCAGUGUCCUGCUGAGAGUGAGACCCCCAGAGAAGAGAAGAGACUACACCCAGGCCAUUGUACUAGGCUGCGUGGGGGGCAUUGUGGCAGUAGGACUGGGGCUGGUCCUGGCUUAUAGGCUCACUGUGGAAAUCUAUGACCGCCGAGAAUACUGGCGCUUUGAGAAGGAGCAGCAGCAGCUUAACUGGAAGCAGAGUGACACCCAAGAGGGUCGCCUACUGCUACAAUCUUGCAUCCCCUACCUCAAGAGUGGGGGUUACCCACCCUCAUAUACAAUAAAGGGUCUCACCUCGGAGCAUGGCUGUCCUAUUGCUUUUCUCCAUGGCCAAAGCAGGCUGUUGGAGCCUGGGCUCAGGAAAGUUCACGUUUAUUCCUUCUCGUGCCAUCUGAGGGCAGGGAGAGGUUCUCAAAGGAGAGUGUGCAGGAGAGCUGGUCCGCAGCUGCCUGGGAAGCAGCUGGGCUGCGUGGGCUCGUGAGUUCCCAG